GCUAAUAAACAGCCAUCACUGUUUACGAAAUAGUCCAAACCAUGAUAGGCCUCAAGUCAACAUUGUCGACGCCCAUCAUCAUCGCCAAUGGCUAAAGCCAGCAGCUCUCUGUUUGCUGUCUCCUGGUCCGCUUCGACUCGUUUCUCUCUUCUUCGUGGCUCUGAAUCUCUUAAACCGCCAGUUCCAAGCGUGAGACUCGCCGUGCCAAUGGCUAUGGCCGCCUCUGCUUCCACAGCUAAAAAGGUUGCUCCUGCUGUGAUUGUGGGUGGCGGAAGAGUCGGAAGAGCCUUGCAGGAAAUGGGUAGUGGCGAGGAUUUGUUGGUGAAGAGAGGAGAAGCAGUUCCCAUUGAUUUCGAAGGACCCAUCUUGGUUUGUACUAGAAAUGAUGAUCUCGAUGCUGUUCUUGAAGCUACUCCUCAGUCUAGAUGGAAAGAUUUGGUUUUCUUCCAAAAUGGAAUGAUGGAGCCGUGGUUCGAGAGCAAAGGUUUGGGUGAUACAGACCAAGUCUUGGCCUAUUUUGCUGUGUCAAAGCUCGGCGAGCCUCCCGUGGAUGGAAAGACUGACACUAAUCCAGAAGGUCUAACUGCUGCUUAUGGAAAAUGGGCUUCAGAUGUAGCUGCAAGAUUGCAAUCUGGUGGCCUCUCUUGCAAGGUUCUUGACAAAGAAGCUUUCCAGAAGCAAAUGUUGGAGAAACUCAUUUGGAUAUGCGCCUUUAUGCUUGUUGGAGCUCGUCAUCCAGGUGCAAGUGUGGGCAUGGUGGAGAAAGAAUACAGAGAUGAAGUAUCGAGACUGAUCCAAGAACUUGCAGCUGCUGCUGCUGCUGAAAAAGGACUAACCUUUGAAGGGGACAUGGUGGAGAGACUAUGUGCUUAUUCCCGAGCUGUUGCUCAUUUCCCAACCGCUGUUAAAGAAUUUAAAUGGAGGAAUGGUUGGUUUUAUUCGCUCUCCGAGAAGGCGAUUGCAGAAGGGAAACCUGAUCCGUGUCCCCUCCACACCGAAUGGCUGAGAGAGCUAAAAGUGAUAUAGAGCCUUGUGAGCAGAGGCCGACCCAUGCCUAAUGAUCGGGUCAAGUGACACCCUUUAAUAUUCAUAUUUAACCUCUUGUAAUAUAACGUAUGUUUCUUUGCAUUGUAUCGACUUAAAUGAUCUUUGUUGAAUUUUAAAUAGAUAAAAAGAUUUUUAACGAAGAGCUAUAAAUAGAAAAGAAUGUCCA